AAUUUUCACUUUCGAGACGAAGAAGGCAACAACAAGUUCCAGCUGCAGACGCAAGAGAAUGGAGGAACGCCUCAGCUAUGUUUUUAUUACAAAAACUGGUAGAGAACCAAAAACCCUCCGCAGAUAUUAUUUCUUUCUUUGUAGAGCAGGAAAACGUGUUUUCGUCGCGUGCAGAUUUUUUUCAACUGAGAAAAUGCGGACGUGUGGGAUGUGGCAACUAUCGAGUGGGGUGGGGGCAGGCAAUCGAUAGGCGGCUGUCUGCAGCAGUGCAACCCUGCGUACCAGCGAUGUCCACUCUUCAGAAGAUCAACUUUGUUUUUUUGUUUAUAAAUUAAAUAGUUGAAAAAUUUGUGCGUUUGCUCGAACGAUUGAAGCACGAAUGUCUCUUGCUUUUGAGUGGCUUUCCUUUCCAAACGAAAAGUGAAAGCUACUUAGUUUCCCUUUUCUUUGUUUGCUUUCGAGCAGGUUGGCAGCGCCAUGCCACGAACACAAAGGCGUGCGAUGACGCCAUAUUGAUUUUUCACAAUUUUUUUCACACUGCGCAAUUAAUUAAACGCAACCAGAAUGAAAUGCAACAAAAAUGCGUUUUUAUAGCAAUUAAGAUCAUUACAAUGUCGCCACUUUCUAUUGCUUUGCUUAGUCUCUUUCGGCGAAUGGCCUGAGUUAGUGCGUUUUAUGCCAACUCGUACGCGUCCACGCCCCAAGUUGCGGGACUUUCUCUUUCGUGCAACUUUCUCGGCAGACACUUUGGUCGAGUAAAAAUAAUUUUUAAUAUUUAAUAUUCAAUUAAGCCUACCAGGAAAUACAGUUUUAAUUUCUUUAUCGGUCUUACAAUUUGUCUUAAUCUGUUAUGCGCUGAAUUUUCUUUCCGUCAGAUCGAAAAACAUUGAUGUGACUGUCGGUACUUUCGAUGUUUUUAAACAUCGAUUUCUAGGAAGUUGUUGCAAACAGCUGAAAAGGUGGAAAACUAUGGUAAGUUGCACCAAAGUUUUGGUCACACUCCACUUUUCUCCGCUCUGGCAUCUCUGCCAAAAACAAGCGUGCUAGAAAAACUCGGUUGGGAAUAUAUAAAUAAUAUAAUUAAAAACCAUGAGCGACAGCGAGACGGAGGAGACCAAGAUCAGCACGGAGCCGGUGGACAAUGCCUGGGCCAUGAAGAUACCAACCUUCAGGGCCGAGGACAAUCCGCACGGCAUGGUGGAAGAGAGCUCGUUCGCCACGCUCUUCCCCAAGUACCGGGAACGGUAUCUUAAGGAAGUGUGGCCCCUAGUGGAGCAGUGUGUGGCGGAACACCACCUAAAGGCAGAACUGGACCUGAUGGAGGGCAGCAUGGUGGUGAAGACCAGCCGCAAGACCUGGGAUCCCUACAUCAUCAUCAAGGCGCGCGACAUGAUCAAACUGAUGGCCCGCAGCGUGCCCUUCGAGCAGGCGAAGCGUGUGCUCCAGGACGACAUCGGUUGCGACAUCAUCAAGAUCGGAAACCUGGUCCACAAGAAGGAGAAGUUCGUCAAGCGGCGCCAGCGUCUGAUCGGUCCCAACGGAGCCACGCUCAAGUCCAUUGAACUGCUCACCGAUUGCUACGUUCUCGUCCAGGGCAACACUGUCUCGGCUCUGGGCCCGUACAAGGGCUUACAGCAGGUGAGGGACAUUGUGCUGGAGACCAUGAACAACGUACAUCCCAUUUACAACAUCAAGGCGCUAAUGAUCAAGCGCGAACUGAUGAAGGACCCACGUUUGGCCAACGAGGACUGGUCCCGGUUCCUGCCCAAGUUCAAGAACAAGAACAUUAGCAAGCGAAAGCAGCCAAAGGUGCGCAAGACCAAAAAGGAGUACACACCGUUCCCGCCCACGCAGCCGGAGAGCAAGGUGGACAAGCAGCUGGCCUCGGGCGAGUAUUUCCUCAACCAGGAGCAGAAGCAGGCCAAGCGGCAGCAGGAGCGCAGUGCCAAGCAGGCGGAGGCGGCCAAGCGCCAGGACGAGCGUCGCAACAAGGACUUUGUGCCGCCUUCAGAGGAGAAAGCAUCUUCGUCUCAAAAGGACAGCUCCUCGGCCAGCAAAGUGGACGUCAAGGCUCUCAAGGCGAAGCUGCUCAAGGCCAACAGGAAGGCGAGGAGCUGAUCAUCCGGAGACUGCGUUCUUUUUGUUUAGUUUUAAUUAUUAGCUUUAAGGUUUUGCAUCAAUUAAAAAAGGAUUGUGAGGUGAA